CGCACCUCCCGGGAGGCUGUCUACGCAUGCGCUCGGUCAGCGGACCGGAGCCGAGUGGUGGGAUCGUUGCCUAGUUCCCUCCGCUCGGCCAACUAGCGAGAUUAUCCUUCCCCUCCCCCGCCCAGCAGCGGCGCGCGGAGCCCCCCCCGAUGGCGGAGGAAGGGAAAGGGGGGUACAGCGAACAUGAUGACCGUGUGGGCAGUGCAGGUGGUGGUGGGGGCUUCGCUGGGAGGAGAAGGAAAGGUCGGGGUCCGUUCCGAGGCAAGAUGUACAGUGAGGGGAACCACCGCUCGUGGAGCCGGGGCGUAGCAGGUCCCAGCCCUUCUGGUCAGCUGGAGGAGAGCGACGGAGAUGUUCCCAUGAGCGACGCCCAUGACAGUCUUCGAACCAGAUACGCUCCCUAUGGGUCACGGCUGAACAGGCGAGGUGAUGACUGGCACAGCCGGGGCCGGGGAGGUGCCACCAACAUCCAUGUCACAGUGAAACGAGACCUCACCCCCCAGGACAGGAGUGACAGUGCCAGCCGCAGCAGCAGCAGCCGGAGGAGGUGGUACAAGGUCACAAUUCCCUAUGGAAAGAAGUAUGAUAAGUCAUGGCUUCUGAGCUCUCUCCAGAACUUGUCCAGUGUCCCUUUUACUCCAGUGGAGUUCCACUACGACCAAAGCCGGGCCUACUUCUAUAUUGAGGAUAUGGCAACAGCCAAUGCGCUCAAGCAGCUGUCCCGCAAGAUCACAGAUCGAGACAAUUACAAGGUGGUGCUAAUUGUCAACCACUCAUCUCCACCCCAGUCUGUCCAGAAGGAGCUGAAGCCGGAGGAGAUUGAGCAGCUGAAGCUCACCAUGAGUAAGAGAUAUGACGGGUCCCAGCAGGCCCUGGACCUGAAGAGCCUUCGCACAGACCCAGACCUGGUGGCACAGAACAUUGAUGUGGUGCUGAACCGGCGGAACUGCAUGCAGGCUGUGCUGCAGAUCAUUGAAGAGAACAUCCCGGAGCUGCUCUCACUGAAUCUCACCAGCAACAAGCUGUACCAGCUAGAUGACUUGGCGGAGCUGGCCCAGAAAGCCACCAAUCUCAAGAUCCUCAAUCUGACCCGCAAUGAGCUGAAGUCUGAGUGCGAGCUGGACAAGGUGAAGGGGCUCAAGCUGGAGGAGUUGUGGUUGGAUGGAAACCCUCUGUGCAACAAUUUCCGGGACCAGUCCAGCUAUGUCAGCUCCAUCCGACUGCGGUUCCCGAAGCUUCUGCGCCUGGAUGGCCACGAGCUUCCCCCUCCUAUUGUCUUUGAUGUGGAAACACCCACCACCCUCCCCCCCUGCAAGGGCAGCUACUUUGGCUCGGAUGACCUGAAGGUGCUGGUGCUUCGUUUCCUGCAGCAGUAUUACUCUGUAUAUGAUUCUGGUGACAGGCAGGGGCUGCUGGAUGCCUACCACGAUGGGGCCUGCUGUUCCCUCAGCAUCCCUUUCCUCUCCCAGAACCCCUCCAGGAGCAUCCUGAGUGAAUACUUCAAAGGCAGCAGGAAUGUGAAGAGACUCAAGGACCCUACCCUGCGCUUCAAAUUGCUCAAGCAUACGAGGCUGAAUGUGGUGGCCUUCCUCAACGAGCUGCCCAAGACCCAGCAUGAUGUUAACUCCUUCGUGGUGGAUGUUUGUGCACAGACGAACACCCUGCUGUGCUUUGCUGUCCAUGGGGUCUUCAAGGAAGUGGAUGGCAAGUCCCGAGAUAUGGUGAGAGGCUUCACCCGCAUGUUCAUUGCUGUGCCAGCUGGCAUCACAGGGCUGUGCAUUGUGAACGACCAACUGUUUGUGCGCAAAGCAAACACAGAGGAAAUCCGCAAAGCCUUCGUGAUGCCAGCACCCACGCCCUCGUCCAGCCCCGUGCCCACGCUGUCGGCUGAGCAGCAGGAAAUGCUACAGGCCUUCGCCAUGCAGUCUGGCAUGAAUGUUGAGUGGUCCCAAAAGUGCCUCCAGGACAACGACUGGGACUACAGCCAGGCAGCCCAGGUUUUCACCCAGCUCAAGACAGAGGGGAAGGAGGGCGGGAUGUGGAAUGGAUAUGAGCAACACGUCUCAAAGAAGACCAGUUAUGGAAAAGGCCCAAAGUGGUGCAUGUGGACAGGAGGAGUGCCAUGUGAUCCCGCACCUGCGACCUGCCCUUGACCAGCCAGUCAUCAAGAUAGGGGAAGAUCUGAACCCCACGACGUCUGAGGGAUCUGCGCUAGAAAUGCUGCUGAGGAUGCUUGCGACCUUGUGGAAUGAGCAGUCAGGUUAGCUGGUGGCGAAACAGCUGCUUGAUCAUAACAAGUACGACUACAUAAAGUGAUACUGUACAUGACAAAAUUGUCUAUGUUUGGGAGACCCUUCACCAUGUCAGCUACAGUUAUGAACAGGUACGUGGACUUUCAGAAUGGUUUAAUCCUGUCUAUGGGUACGCCUAGACUACCUGCCAUAUCGGGGGGGUAGCGAUCGAUUUUUCGGGGAUCAAUAUAUCGCGUCUCAAUAUAAAGCGCUCCCGUCGACUCCGGAACUCCACCAGCACGAACGGCGGUAGCGGAGUCAACAGGGAGAGCCGCGGAUGUCGAUCCCGUGCUGUGAGGACGACAGGUAAAUCGAUCUAAGAUACUUCGACUUCAGCUACGCUAUUCAUGUAGCUGAAGUUGCGUUUUCUUAGAUCACUCCCUCCCCUGCCCAGUGUAGACCAGCCCCAAGUAGAAAGCUAGGGCUUGUCUAACAUCCAGUGAGUGAAGGUGGUGUUCAUUCCUAUUUGCAUGUGGCUUCGGGUAAAAGACAGGUAAGGUAGAUUGCUAUGAAUUGCAAAAACACUUUGGGAGGAAACUAGAGUGAAGACAUAAAUGCACCUUAACUUUAAGAAGACUGGGUAUGGAAGCUCUGAUAUGAGGGCAUGGAGCUCCGAGACUCAUCUGGCCAAAGUGAUAGCCACUAAGAAAACUACUUUCCAGGAGAGGUAUAAUAAGGACCAUGUUGCCAAAGGUUCAAAUGGUGGUCCCAUAAGCUUUGAAUAGACUAAGUUCAGGUCUCAGGGAGGAACGGGCUCUCUUACUUGAGGGUAUAAUCUUUCUAGGCCUUUGAAGAAUCGGAUAUACAUGUAAUUGGAAAAAAGGACCAAUUAUCCACCCAACAGUGGAAAGUGAUAUUACUGCAAGGUGAACCUUGACAGAGGAUUGCUAAGACUUCUUGUUUCAGGUAUUCAAGUAUUUCUUGUAAGGAUGACUGUGUGGGUGAGACUCCACGUUGAAACGCCCAGAGAGAAAACCACUUCCACACUGAAAGAUCCUGAUGGGUAGCCAGGGCAGAGUACUGGAUGGCUGUUGUGGCCUGCAGUGCUUCCUCGUACAAUCCAAGCAACUUAAGGGAUACCCUGGAGUCUUUUAACACAUGAAGCUUCACAUCAGUCUGUUCUGAAAAGAGCAAAGCUCCUUUAAAAGGUAAGUUCUGAAGGGUUUGCUGGAUCUCCUGUAGGAGUCCUGAGGACUGCAGCCACGAACUUCUGCACAUGGCCACUGCCAAAGUCAUGAGCCUGGCUGCUGAGUCAGCCACAUCCAAAGCAGCUUGCAACAAGAUCCGCGCCACUGAUCUUCCUUCAUCCACUAGCGAAGAGAACUCUUACCUAGCCUCUUGAGGGAGCAAGUCUUUGAACUUCUGAACGGAGUCCCACAUGUUAAAAUCAAACCUGCCCAGCAGCACCUCCUGGUUUGCAAUUUUGUGUUGUAAUCCUGCAGCAGAAUAAAUUUUCCUACCAAAUCCA